AAACAGGCCACACCCCCGCGAGCUCACACCGUGGUUCGCAAGUGCGCAGGCGCGCGCGGCCUUCCGCGCAUGAGCAGUGCUGCUCAGAGCCCGCCAGCCACGGUCUCGGGCGCCAGCUACGCCGCUGCCGCUGUCACUAUGGCCCAUUACAAAGCCGCCGACUCGAAGCGGGAGCAGUUCCGGAGGUACUUGGAGAAGUCGGGGGUGCUGGACACGCUGACCAAGGUAUUGGUAGCCUUAUAUGAAGAACCAGAGAAACCUAAUAGUGCUUUGGAUUUUUUAAAGCAUCACUUAGGAGCUGCUACCCCAGAAAAUCCAGAAAUAGAGCUGCUUCGCCUAGAAUUGGCAGAAAUGAAAGAGAAAUAUGAAGCUAUUGUAGAAGAAAAUAAAAAACUGAAAACAAAGCUUGCUCAGUAUGAACCACCUCAGGAGGAGAAGCGUGCUGAAUAGGAAUCUUCUCAAUUGAAAAGACACUGACAAAAUGGUUUUGUAUGACUUGAAUAGUUUGUAUAGUAUAUAAUCUUUUCUGAACAGAUGCUAUAGAACUCUUUUAAUAUGUUGAAUUCACCUACCACACUUUAACUGUUAUAAACACAUAUACUUAGAAUCACCAAUAAAAACUCAAUAUAACUUUCUUUGGGUCUUAAAAGCAGGAGAAUCCAAAGUGAAUCCUGAAAAAAAAUCUAAACACAGCCAUCUAAUUCAUUACCUUAAAAGACAUUCUGUUUAUUAGUCUGACUAGGAAUGAUGGUACUGGUGGUAUUUUAGCCAAGGAAGUUCAGCAUGGAGCUGUUCCUUGGUUUAGUUCAGGAUAUGAGCACAGGUACCUUCAUUCUUUAAAAUGAAGCCGACACUGUUGUUUAUAUCCUCUGUAGGCAGCUGGAAAGAUGUGUGUGACAGAAGAUGCUUUUGCACGGGUUCCCAUGAAUCUUCUGCUCUUGUUUAUAUAACGUGGAACAAAUAACUCUUCUUUGCCACCACUCUGCCUUAGAUAACUGUGUGUGUGCCAGUGUGAACUCUGACACCACGUGUCCUUCUAUGCAAUCAUGCCCUACCUGAUAACGUUGCCUUGCUUUGCUCUGUGCUUCAGUGGGUCCUAGCUGCACAUUGGCCUGUGUUGUUUUUCGAUUUGCCAUACUAGCAGUUAUCCUGACUGUAAUUUAUGAUAACUUAAAGCAGGAUCACACUGUUCCCCUGCCUUACUUGUUGCUUAGCUGAGCACAGAACAGAGGCAAUCUAAAAUUCUGGGUUCAUGCACAAGCUGGGAUAAGAAGGGGAAUGAGCCAUAUAUCGUGGAAAAUUAUAGUUUGCGGGUAUAAUUAUACAGUGCUUUUUCCCCCUCAAAGUAUUUUUCUAGCCUUGAAUUCAUUUUAUCUUCAUUAUCCCUGUGAAGUAGGUAGGGCAAGUAUGAGGGGAGGUUGGGUGCUGAAUUUUUAGGCCAAAGACUGAUAUUAAUACAAAUUAUUUACUAACUGUAGAACCUUGGGCACAUCAGUCAACUGCUCUCAGAUUCACUUUCCUCAUAUGUUAAAUAAGAAUAGUAUCUGUGCUGCCUACCUCACAGGGUUGUUGUGAGGGUCAAAUGGAAUGUAUGUGAAGAUCUGUAAAUGGUAAAGCACUAUAUUCUUGUUUGUUAGUCUUUUUCCUUUCUUUUAGAAGACCUACAAUCAGGUGUUUCAUUUUAUUGGUCACUUAUUUUCCUUAUUGCUGACUGACAUUAUUAAGAAUCCUGUUUCAUAUAUUCUAACCCUAUUGUUAGAGAACCCGUCUUUACGCUUUGGUCAAAACACACGUAGAAAACAAAGUGAACCGAUGACAGCUGAUUUAACUAGCAAGAGCGUCAGCACUUGCUGGAAACUGUGACCAGGCUAAUUGUAAGGGCAUUUUAAUCAGUCAUGUUGGCAAGAAUGUGGCAAUGGUCUGUCUCUUUUAGUCACAAGUUCGUUUUUGGAGGGGGGCCAGACACUACUGGAAGAACAUUCACUGGAAUUGGUUUAUCUUUUACCAAUUUGAGGGCCUCCUACAUGCUCAGCAGUGGGCUGAGUGCUGGGUAUUAUAAAGAUAAAUGACUUGAAAUUAGUUAUAAGACAUAUACAUAAGCAAUUACAAUGUGGGAUAGAAGUGCUGAGAAUCAUAAGAAUAAUAAAACAUGGCCCCAUGGGGAUUUUGGAAGAGAGGGAGACUUGGCUUCUUUAAGCAACUGGUAUGACAGCCCCUUUGUGGAAUACAGACAAGCAGGAUUUUUUUUUUUUUUUCUGGCAGCCAACCCUCAUUUGCUUUUUUCCCAUGGGACUAGUAUUAAUAUUUAUGUAACUCAGGUUACUGUCUCUUGUACUAUCCUUUUGGACAGAAUGGCAACCUGUGGGUUGGUUAACUGCACUUUUACGGAGGGCGGGGGGGAGCUGACCUGCUUCAACUGCUGUACCAGUCAGUGCUAUUUAAGAACUCAGAGUCAGCCUGGCCUCUGGAGAUCUUCUUCAUCAUUUCUAUCAAGGAUCUGGAUGAAGAGACUAUACAAGAAGUUGCUCAGUGGAGUAGAAAAAGGAUCUCAUCCAUUCAGUUCCUGCUGUACUUUAGCUGCCUUGUCCAUACAAUGUAGAUUUCAUAUCUUGCCUACCUCACAGGGUUGUUGUAAGGUUCAAAUUAAAUAUAAUGGAUGAAAAGUGCCUUGUAAAUUGUAAAAGACUACACAUGGGUCGCAUGGUGUAAUACCAAAUCUGUAAAUGCCACAAAGUUGGCUGGUUAGUGGACUAUAUUGAAACAAACUUGAAAAGAACAACUUGGAGUACCCAAAAUUCUGGGCCUGCACCAACAAGCUGAAGUGUCAAGUCUUAUGUUUAGGUUAAAAAAAAAAAUGCAGUAAUACAAGUCUAGGCACUAGGAUUGCUGACAGAAUACUAGUUCCAGUGAUUAUCAGUAUGAGCCACGUAUACUCUGGAUACAUAUAUUAAAAAACUCCAUUCUGUAAAGCAUAAUAGAAGUAUUGUCCAGAUGCUAAACAGUCAUCCUGACGGCUAUAUUGGUCAUUUUGCAUUGUGGGUGCCAGACAUUUGGUAGAUGUUGACAAGCUCACAUGCGUGUAAAAGACAGCGAUCAAUAGAGGGCUUUUGAAAAUACAAGGUUGUGCUGCCCAGUAUGGGAGCCGCUAGCCACAUCUGGCAAUUAAAGUUAAAAAAAAAAAAUUCAGUUCCUCACAGUAGCAACAUUUCGAAUGCUCAGGCCACACUGGCUUCUACAUCGUUGCAGAACAUUUCUAUCCUCACAGAAAGUUCUAUCGGACAUCACCAUAGAAGCGAUGGUCGAAAGAACAGAGUACGUUUUAUGUGGGACAGAGAAGAUUUAGUGGAUAAUGAAGACUGCAAUCUAAUAUUUGAAGGGCUGUCAUGAAAAAGAUGAAGACUACUCCUGUGAUCCAUUUUAAGCUCCAAGGAGUGUGAUUUUUGGUCUGAAUAGGAGACUUUCAAACAAAAUCCUACCUCAGUGGAAGCGGCUGCCUUUUGAGAUAGUGAGCUCUCCUCCCUUGGAACUAUUGAGGUGCAUGUUGCAUUAUCAACAGCCACAGGUGUCAUAGGGUGGAUUCUCUUUAGGCGAGAGAUUGGACUAGAUGACUUCUAAGGAUGUGUCUGUCCUACCUUCCACUUACAGAUUCAGACGUAGCCAAGUCCCAGACUUACAAGAACAUGCUUUCCUUUCACAAUCUAGAAGUUCGUUUCUUUGGAAAUUCAGUGCCACCACCACCACCUCCAUUUUAAGAGGAUCUUGGUUCGUCAAAUUUCCAAUUCUAACUCCUGACAAGGAUGAAAAAUCCUCUAGCUAUCUCAAACGUAUUUGGUGAAAGCAUUGGCUUUAAUUAUUCAUUCCUUUGGUUUGUGAACUGAAGGUCAUAGAAGAUGCAAUGUUCUAUUGGGGGCGGG